AUGACGGGUCAACGGAUCACAAAACGAGAAUGGUACGAGGGCAGUCAGAGCAGAAGGACAAAGAGGGUAACGAAACCCAGUGCAAACGAACUGACACCGGCCUUGGCCGAGCCGGCAGUGACGACAUUCGAGCCGGAGCCAGAGCCCGAACCUGAGCCAGAGCCAGAGCCAGAGCCGGAGCCAGAGCCAGAGCCCGAGCCAGAUCCACUGCCCGAGCCAGAUCCACUGCCCGAGCCAGAGCCCGAGCCCGAGCCCGAACCUGAGCCAGAGCCCGAGCCCGAGCCAGAUCCACUGCCUGAACCAGAUCCACUGCCCGAGCCAGAGCCAGAGCCCGAGCCAGAGCCACUGCCCGAGCCAGAGCCAGAGCCACUGCCUGAACCGCUGCCGGAGCCGGAACCAGUAGAUGUAGAAGUGGAGCUAAUAACCGAAUCGCUACCAGUUGGGCCAGCGGAGCCGGUGUUGGAUGGACCGACAGAGCUUGAGGAAGCAAGGCCAGUUCUUGAAGGGCUAACGGAAGUAGAUUUCGAGGAAACGGAGGUAGAUCUCGUAGGGCUCAGGGCGGUAGAGCUCGAGAGAAUUGAACUAGCGCUCGAAAGACUAAUAGUUGCAGAGCUCGAGGGUGUAGAGCUGGCACUAGAAGGACCAACGGAAGAGCUCGAGAGAAUAGAACUGGUAGACGAAGGGUUAACGGUCGUAGUGCUCGAGGUAACAGAGCUAGUAGUCGAAAGACUAAUAGUUGUAGAGCUCGAGGGCGUAGAGACACUAGAACUCGAGGUAACAGAGCUAGUAGUCGAAAGACUAAUAGUUGUAGAGCUCAAGGGUGUAGAGACACUAGAAGGACCAACGGAAGAAGAGGGCGAGGCCAAAGAGCUAGAUCUCGAAGGGCUAACAGUAACAGAGCUGGCACUCGAAGGACCAACGGAAGAACUCGACGGAACAGGGACGGAGCUGGACGGUACGGACGAAGCAGAGCUGGCAACGCUGGACGAGCUGGUCGAGACAGAGCUGAUACCCGAAGCGGAGCUAAAUGUAGACCUUGAGGCGGAAGCGGUGCCUGACGAAGAAACAGAUGCAGAAGCCGAGGUCGAGGCUGAAGUAGAAGUAGGAGCCGACACGGAGCUAACUGAGCUGAAGGAGACUGAGGCAGAGGCCGAGGCCGAGGCUGAAGCAGAAGUGCCACUUGACGAAGAAGACGAAGAGGCAGAGCUAGAGGCCGAAGUGCUACCUGACGAGACAGAGGCAGAGGCCGAGGCUGAGGCUGAAGUAGAAGUGCCACUUGACGAAGACGACGAAGAGGCAGAGCUAGAGGCCGAAGUGCUACCUGACGAGACAGAGGCAGAGGCCGAGGCCGAGGCUGAAGCAGAAGCAGAAGUACCACUUGACGAAGACGACGAAGAGGCAGAGCUAGAGGCCGAAGUGCUACCUGACGAGACAGAGGCAGAGGCCGAGGCCGAGGCUGAAGCAGAAGUAGGAGCCGACACGGAGCUAACUGAGCUGAAGGAGACUGAGGCAGAGGCCGAGGCCGAGGCUGAAGUAGAAGUGCCACUUGACGAAGAAGACGAAGAGGCAGAGCUAGAGGCCGAAGUGCUACCUGACGAGACAGAGGCAGAGGCCGAGGCCGAGGCUGAAGCAGAAGUGCCACUUGACGAAGACGAAGAGGCAGAGCUAGAGGCCGAAGUGCUACCUGACGAUAUAGAGGCAGAAGCAGAAGCAGAAGCAGACACGGAGCUAGCCGAGCUAGAGGUAGCCGUAGAGCUCGUACUAUUGGAAGAGCUAGUCGACGAGCUUACACCUGAAGCGGUGCUCGAGGUGGAAGGUCUACCCGACGACGAGGCUGUAGAGGCAGAGCUGGUGAAGCUGGACGAGCCGGUCGAGCUGGAGCUGACAUCCGUAGUGGAGCUGGAGACGGAAACGCUGCUGGACGAGAAGCCCGAGGCAGAGGACGUAGCUAAGCUGGAGGAAGUAGCGCUGGCCGUCGAGGAAGACCUUGCCGAGGCGGAGGAUGUAGAGUUGACCGACGCGGAUGAAGAGAUGGUAGAGCUUACCGACGAAGUACUGGCUGAGGCAGAAGUAGAAAACGAGGCAGAGCUGGCCGAGACAGAAGCAGAGCUAACAGAGCUAAAGGAAGAGGACCUGGCCGAAACGGAAGAUGUAGAGAUAGACCUAGAGGACACACUCGCGGAGCUGCUGGUAGAGUUGCCAGUCGUAGAGCUAGACGAUACAGAACUGGAGGAAGCAGCGCUAGCCGACGAGGAUGAGCUUGGUGAGCCAGAGCUAGUCGAGGCAGACGACGUGACAGAGCUGGAGGCCAAGCUCGCAGAGCUGCGCGACGAAACGGAAACGGAGCUACUGGUCGAGUUGGCAGACCUAGAGCUAGUAAAUACAGAGCUGGAGGGAGUAGCACUAGUCGAGGGCGAGCUCGGCAAAGCGGAGGCAGACGAGACAGAGCUGGAGGCCAAGCUCGCAGAGCUGCGCGACGAAACGGAAACGGAGCUGCUGACAGAGCUGGCAGACGUGAUGGAGCUGGCAGAGCUGGCAGAGCUGGUUGAGUUAAAGCUAGCAGAGCUAGCAGAGCUAAAACUAGAAAGACUCGAACUGGAGCUCGCUGAACCGGAGGCGCUGGUAAAGCUGGCAGAUCUAGAAGAUCUAGAUAAGCUUGAGCUGGCCGAGCUAGUAGAGUUAAAGCUAGCCGAACUGGCAGAGCUGGAGCUCGUAAGGGUUGAGCUAGGCCUGCCGGAGCUAAAGGUGCUGGCGGAGCUGGCAGAUCUAGACGAGCUGGUAGAGCUGGAACUCGCAAGACUAGAACUAGGCCUGGCGGAGCUGGAGGCGCUGGCGGAGGUGGAAGCGCUGGCGGAACUGGAGGUGCUGGUAAAGCUGGCAGACCUAGACAAGCUGGAUAAGCUGGAGCUGGCAGAGCUGGUAGAGUUCAAGCUGACCGAGCUGGCGGAGCUGGUGCCGCUAACAGAGCUGGGGGCGCUGGUAAAGCUGGAGCUGGCAGAGCUGGUAGAGUUCAAGCUUGCCGAGCUGGCGGAGCUUGAGCUGCUAACAGAGCUGGGGGCGCUGGUAAAACUGGUAGGUAUCACAGAUCUGGAUAAGCUAGAGCUAACAGAGCUCGAAGAGUUAAAGCUAGCAGAGCUAGCAGAGCUGGCGGUACUGGCAGAGCUGGACCUGGAAGGGCUCGAGCUGGAGCUGACAGAACUGACGGAGCUAACAGAGCUGGUAGAACUGAUAAAGCUGGUAGAGUUGGUAAACCUGGUAGAUCUACUAGAGGAGCUGAUAGAGCUAACAGAGCUGGUAGAGAUAGGAGAGUUGGUAGAUAUAGAGGAGCUGAUGGCGCUGGCAGAGCUGACAGAACUAGGAGACCUGGAGGGACUGAAAGAGCUGGAGCUGGUAGACCUGAUAGAGCUGGCAGACCUAAUGGAGCUGGCAGACCUGAUAGAGCUGGCCGAGAUCGUCGAGUUGGAGCUAACAGAGCUGGAGCUGGCAGAGCUGACAGAACUAGCAGAACUAGAGGGACUGAAAGAGCUGGAGCUGGCAGACCUAAUAGAGCUGGCAGACCUGAUAGAGCUGGCCGAGAUCGUCGAGUUAAAGCUAACAGAGCUGGAGCUGGCAGACCGGGCAGAGCUGACAGAACUAGCAGAACUAGAGGGACUGAAAGAGCUGGAGCUGGCAGACCUAAUGGAGCUGGCAGACCUGAUAGAGCUGGCCGAGAUCGUCGAGUUGGAGCUAACAGAGCUGGAGCUGGCAGAGCUGACAGAACUAGCAGAACUAGAGGGACUGAAAGAGCUGGAGCUGGCAGACCUGAUAGAGCUCACAGAGCUAACAGAGCUGGCUGAACUGGCAGAGCUGGUUAAGCUCGCAGAGCUGGCAGAGCUGGCAGAGCUGACAGAGCUGGUUAAGCUCGCAGAGCUGGCAGAGCUGGCAGAGCUGACAGAGCUAGCAGACCUAGACCUAGAGAGACUAGAGCUGGCAGAGCUAGCUGAACUGGCUGAACUGGCUGAACUGGCCGAGAUUGUUGAGUUAAAGCUAACAGAGCUGGAGCUGGCAGACCGGGCAGAGCUGACAGAACUAACAGAACUAGAGGGACUGAAAGAGCUGGAGCUGGCAGACCUGAUAGAGCUCACAGAGCUAACAGAGCUGGCUGAACUGGCAGAGCUGGUUAAGCUCGCAGAGCUGGCAGAGCUGGCAGAGCUGAUAGAGCUGGCCGAGAUUGUCGAAUUGGCGCUAACAGAGCUAGAGCUGGCAGAGCUGACUGAACUGGCAGAACUGGCUGAGCUGGCGGACCUAGAGGGACUAGAGCUGGCAGAGCUGGCAGAGCUGACAGAGCUAGCAGACCUAGACCUAGAGAGACUAGAGCUGGCAGAGCUAGCAGAGCUGGCCGAGAUUGUCGAGUUAGAGCUAGAGCUGGCAGAGCUGGCAGAACUGGCAGAACUGGCUGAGCUGGCGGACCUAGAGGGACUAGAGCUGGCAGAGCUGGCAGAGCUGGUAGAGCUGGCUGAACUGGCAGAGCUGGUUGAACUGACAGAACUAACAGACCUAGAGGGACUGAAAGAGCUAGAGCUGGCAGAGCUGAUAGAGCUGGCCGAGAUUGUCGAGUUAGAGCUAGAGCUGGCAGAGCUGGCUGAGCUUGCAGAGCUUGCAGAGCUUGCAGAGCUGGCAGAACUGGCUGAGCUGGCGGACCUAGAGGGACUAGAGCUGGCAGACCUAGAGGGACUGGAAGAGCUGGAACUGGCAGAGCUAGAGCUGGCAGAGCUGGCUGAGCUGGCAGAGCUGGAAGAGCUGGGAGAGCUUGCAGAGCUGGAGCUGGCAGAUCUAGAGCUGGCAGAGCUUGCAGACCUAGAGCUAGAGCUAGCAGACCUAGAGCUGGCAGAGAUUGUCGAGUUAGAGCUUGCAGAGCUGGAGCUGAUGGCAGAGCUGGCAGAGCUUGCAGAGCUUGCAGAGCUUGCAGAGCUGGCUGAGCUGGCAGAGCUGGCAGAGCUGGCAGACCUAGAGGGACUGGAAGAGCUGGAACUGGCAGACUUGGAGCUGGUAGAGCUGGCAGAGCCGACUGAGCUAGAGCUGGCAGACCUAGAGGGAUUGGAAGAGCUGGACCUGGAACUGGCAGAGCUGGCAGAGCUGGAACUGGCAGAGCUGGCAGAGCUGGCAGAGCUGGAACUGGCAGACCUAGAGCUGGCUGAGCUGGAACUGGCUGAGCUAGAGCUGGCUGAGCUGGAACUGGCUGAGCUAGAGCUGGCUGAGCUGGAACUGGCAGAACUGGAGCUGGCAGACUUGGAGCUGACAGAAGCUGGAGCUGGCUGA